CGCAGGUUGAUGGCAGCGGCAGCUGGGACUGCAGCGACGCCGGGCCCGGAGAGCCGCGAGCAGCGGCCCGAGCGCGCAGAGGAACACCCGGGCCCAGACGCCGCGGACACCCGGAGGGGAGGUUCCCGCAUCCCGACUCCCUCGGCCCCAGCGCGCACCUAGCCCCUCUGCAGAGGAGCCGCAGCGCGAGCGCCCCUCGCCCACUCAGCACCAGCUCACAGGACUCAAGACCAAAGGCAUUUCUGGGCACUGAGAUCCUCCAUUUCCACCCACAGCCAUGAGCCGACGUGUGGUUCGGCAGAGCAAGUUCCGCCAUGUGUUUGGGCAGGCCGCAAAGGCUGACCAGUCCUACGAGGACAUCCGGGUGUCCAAGGUCACAUGGGACAGCUCCUUCUGUGUGGUCAACCCCAAAUUCCUGGCCAUUAUUGUGGAGGCUGGGGGUGGAGGUGCCUUCAUUGUCCUGCCUCUGGCCAAGACAGGACGAGUGGAUAAGAACUACCCACUGGUCACUGGGCACACUGCUCCUGUGCUGGACAUUGACUGGUGCCCACACAAUGACAACGUCAUUGCCAGUGCCUCAGAUGACACCACGGUCAUGGUGUGGCAAAUUCCAGAUUAUACUCCUGUGCGCAACAUUACAGAACCCAUCAUUACACUCGAGGGCCACUCCAAACGUGUGGGCAUCCUCUCCUGGCACCCCACUGCCCGGAAUGUCCUGCUCAGUGCAGGUGGUGACAAUGUGAUCAUCAUCUGGAAUGUGGGCACCGGGGAGGUGCUCCUGAGCCUAGACGACCUGCACCCGGACGUCAUCCACAGCGUGUGCUGGAACAGCAACGGUAGCCUGCUGGCCACCACCUGCAAGGACAAGACGCUGCGCAUUAUCGACCCCCGCAAGGGCCAGGUGGUGGCGGAGAGGUUUGCGGCCCACGAGGGAAUGAGGCCCAUGCGGGCCGUCUUCACGCGCCAGGGUCAUAUCUUCACCACGGGCUUCACCCGCAUGAGCCAGCGAGAGCUGGGCCUGUGGGACCCGAACAACUUCGAGGAGCCAGUGGCACUGCAGGAGAUGGACACAAGCAACGGGGUCCUACUGCCCUUCUAUGAUCCCGACUCUAGCAUCGUCUACCUAUGCGGCAAGGGCGACAGCAGCAUUCGAUACUUUGAGAUUACGGACGAACCACCUUUCGUGCAUUACCUGAACACCUUCAGCAGCAAGGAGCCUCAGAGGGGCAUGGGUUUCAUGCCCAAGCGGGGGCUGGAAGUCAGCAAGUGUGAGAUCGCCCGGUUCUACAAGUUGCACGAAAGAAAAUGUGAGCCCAUCGUCAUGACUGUGCCCCGCAAGUCAGACUUGUUCCAGGACGACCUAUACCCAGAUACUCCCGGCCCCGAGCCGGCCCUAGAAGCGGAUGAAUGGCUAUCUGGCCAGGACGCCGAACCGGUGCUCAUCUCGCUGAGGGACGGUUACGUGCCUCCCAAGCACCGCGAGCUCCGCGUCACCAAGCGCAAUAUCCUGGACGUGCGCCCUCCCUCUGGCCCCCGCCGCAGCCAGUCGGCCAGCGACGCCUCCCUGUCGCAGCAGCACACCCUGGAGACGCUGCUGGAGGAGAUCAAGGCCCUGCGCGAGCAGGUGCAGGCCCAGGAGCAGCGCAUAACGGCCCUGGAGAACAUGCUGUGCGAGCUGGUGGACGGCACCGACUAGCGCGGCGCGCGCGCGCGGGAAGCUCCGAGCCUGGGGGCGCGGCGGGGGGGAGCAGGACUCGGCCCCGCCCCGACUCUGGGUCCGGACUUCCGGACCCCGCCUCUCGGGGCGGGGGCUGGGGCGGAACUGGGCAGGGAACACCACCCCCUCGCGGGAGUCCUGGACGAAUGGAGCGUCGCGAAGGCUCGCGUCCGCCUGGCACCCGCCGGGCUCCAUGCCUCGUCCGGGACUCGGCAGAAGCUGGCCUCGGGAGCCCCGGGGUGACGGGGACCUCAGUGAUGGUGCUGCACGGCGACGCGGUGUCCCUUCUGUCCCCCGCCCGGGGCAGGGGAAGUGCUUAGUAUUAGCGCUAUUCUUGGGGAUAUCGGGGCGCUUGGGCUUGACCUCAAAGGGGUGGCGAUUCGACAGAUCUCGCCAGACCGAACGGGGAGAGUUACAGGGCUUCCCCCUCUAAUCAGCUCACUGGAUUCCACUCCCCAAGUGGGAAAGCGGACGGAUGUCACCCCAGUUCUACAGACAUACACAAAACCCAUUGGCUGUAGAGCCGAACCCACGGCUACACCCAGCAGUCUAGGGCAGAGGGCUGUCUUCCUUCUUUUCACCCGCAAGGGAGAGGGCGGCUUCCUCACCGCACCCCCGCCGGAGAACUAAUCAGAAAACUGGCAUGGAAGCAGGUUCACACCCUUCUUCCCACCCCCCACCCCCCUCUGCCCCCAGCCCUCUGCUGUGGCCUUGACUCUAGGAGGAAAACAAGACUUGCUGAAUUUAAUUCUUUUACUAAUUGCUCAGUCUGUGCCUCCAGCAUGCGUGGGGGUGAGGGGGCCAGACCCCCAACCUCUGCAAAUGCUGUAUCCCCAGGCUUGCAGGGGUGCUGACAAAGGCUCAGGACCCACCAGGCAUUCUCUUACCUCAGAUCCCUCCUCACACUGAGGUUCAGAAGGAACCCCGAAGCCGUAGGUGGGCGUUCUUUCCCAGUAAAGCCAGCUAGGAAAAGCCUUGGGUUU